AUGAGCUCCACACGCAUCUUCCACAACAUCUCACGCAUACCCGUCACAUCUACACUCGUUCUUAUCUUCGGCAACUACGAACUCUACCGCAUACAUAAAGGCACACACCCGUACUGGAGUCCCAUUCUUGAAGAAAAGGGCAUCGUCAGACGGCGUGUCCAGAAUGCUUCAGAAUCCACAGGCGGCCAAAGUGCCCCUGGCGUCGAGUCCCAACGUGAGGGGCGCAAAGCCUCGAUACAGUGGCUAAAUCUUAAUGGUGUCCCGAUACCCUUCAUCACAGGGCGAUCAGUAUAA